AUGUCUGAAGUGAUUGUCUCGCAACAAAAUUCAUAUUCAUUUCGAGAUCAUUCAUUAAAAACAUCGAAUUUUUCGUCGUCACCCACUUUAAUUUCAACUCUUGAACAUAGUGAUAUCGAUGUAUCGUUCACAAGUACAAAUAAUAAAUAUGACGAAAAUACAACUACUGAAUAUUUAAAUGUUGAUAUUAGAAUAUGUACAAUGAAUUAUGUUGGAUCAAUUAAUACUAUUCGGGCAGCUAAACCUAAAGAUAUAUCAUUUCUCUUUCGUUUUAAUCAAGAAGCAUUAUCUAUUUGUUUAAAUUCUAUGAAAAUUGAGAUUAGGAUUCUUUGA